UAACCUUAAGGCAAGUAAACCCCAAAAUAAAGUUUUGCCCAACAUAAGAAAAUAAGCUUCUAAGCAACUUCCCAUUAUGUAUUGCUCAUUCCCAGUUAAAGUGAUACGUAAAUGUCAUGACUACUGACUGUUGCUCUCGUUCAGCCAAGGCCGGUCUGUUCCUCAGCGGUUUCCCUUAAUUGUUUCAAAAUUUAAACCACCAGUGCAAGGAAUUGGGUGGAAUAAUACUGGGAUUAUAAAGAAAAUGCUGCGUUAUGGUUAAAAUAACUUGGCAAAUUGCUUUUGCAUUUGUAAAUGAGCCCCUUUUGUUCUCCGUCUGGUACUAUAGGGGGUCUUCAACCCUCGCUUUGCUCUUGAGGCGUGACAAAGAGGAGGGAGUCAGGUAGUGUGCAGAAAUGAUACGUGUCUGGAGUACCUGACUGGGGGUCUCGGGGGGCACAUGUAGGGGCAUGUCUGGGCAGGUUUUCAUACAUCCAGGUGAUUAUAUUCCGUGUCUAAUUGGGGGGAGUCAGUACAGCAGCCGGACUUGCUGAGGAAUCAUCUGAGCUCCUCUUCUGUUCAGGGCUGAGACAUUUCUUUAGGAUUCUGAUAAGGAAAAUUUGAGUCAUUCCCACUUGCUGGUGAGGAGACAGAGGAAAAGACAUCCCUGUACCUGGAACAGUCGACUCGCUGAACAGUAGGAGCAAUGUCCCUUAAUGAACAGUAUGAGGGAAUGGACCAACCUGCUGCCUUCUACUUAGAUGUGAAUGGAUCACAGCCGUAUUUGGAGGUAUCCAGCACGCUCCUGGAAAUGAAUAGGAGCUACAUUGGCAGUGGCGUUGCAGAGAUGGAUCACUAUAGCCCUGAGUCAGUGGUGAUAUUAAUAGUUAUGGCCGUGACCUUCAUUGUGGGGGUGCCUGGGAAUAUCCUUGUUAUUUGGGUGACCGGCAUCAAGAUGAGGAGGACAGUGAAUACGGUCUGGUUUUGUAAUCUGGCCGUGGCCGAUCUGAUCUGCUGUUUGUCCCUUCCGUUCUCAAUCGCCAACGAGCUCCUCCAUUACAAAUGGCCAAGUGAUUUGGUCUCCUGCAAGUUGUUGUCCUCCAUCAUUAUCCUCAACAUGUUUGCCAGCGUCUUCACUCUGGUGGCCAUAAGUGUGGAUCGCUUUAUUCUAGUCGUGAAGCCCGUGUGGGCCCAGAAUCACCGCAGUGUUCUCCUGGCUUAUCUCCUGUGCUUGUUCAUCUGGCUGGUGUCCUUGCUGUUGUGCCUCCCCGUGUUCAUGUAUCGGACAAGCGUCCUGGAUGGUAACCACACCUACUGCAGCUACAACUAUAACGACCAGGAGGAGGAUCAGGAGGAGGAUGCGGACUACAAUUUUUCAGAGGAAGGUUAUGGUAACGAAUAUGGCGGCCAUUAUAGUCACGACGAACCCUCAGGUCCUCAUCCUACUUCUGUAAGCAUCACUAUCACCCGAGCUGUUUUUGGCUUUUUCUUGCCUCUUCUCAUUAUCCUCUUCUGCUACGUCCGACUCACCGGGAAAGUCCAAAGCGGGCGGUUUGCCAAGGUGGGCCGAAAAACACGCAAGGUGGUCAUUGCUAUCGUGCUGGCAUUCGGCGUGUUGUGGGCCCCCUACCACAUCAUUGGAAUUGCCCUUGAGUUCUCCGCCAGUUCCGUCCUAUCACGUCUCGACCACUUCUCCCAGGCGCUAGCGUAUAGCAACAGCUGCCUCAAUCCCGUCCUUUAUGUUUUUAUGGGUAAGGACUUCAAGAGCAAGAUGUCGCAGUCAAUACGGGGGCUGCUGGAGAGCGCUCUUAGUGAUGAAGCCACAAGGUCUACAGGGGCUAGCAAGAGCAGAGAGAGUGGUCGUUACAGCACAACAUUAUAGCUGGAGAUAUAUAUAUGGACUAGACUGUGUACGACAUUAUCAAUAUGGAUAAUAUUUAGCCCGAUUAUCAUGACAGAGCAGUACAGACCCGAGUUUGCUCCGCUCAAUAUUUGUGUGAUAAGUUAGUGGUUAACAUAGGCCAGGGGGGUUAUUUACUAAACUCCAAAUGCAAAAAUCGCAAAGAAUGCAAGAUUUUUUUUUAUAUAAAAUCAGACUUUUAGAAAAAGCAUGAAUUUUUGGGAAUUUGUUAAACCCCGAGGAUGGAAAAGUCUGAAUCUGAAAAUCCGGCAUCUCAGACCUGUCGAGGUUGCAUAUAAGUCAAUGGGAGAAAGAUUUUUUGAUGUGCGCUGGGUUUGUGCCAUAGCCCGAAGUUUUUCGAGAAAAUCCGAUUUUUUUUUACCGCAAAGCAAAUUUUCAGGAAAACGUAAUAAUAAAUAAGAG